CUCAACUAUUUGUUGAAUAAGAAAAAACUUGUUUUGCAAUAGUAUUUUGGCUGACAAGGAGUGAGGGCUUAACAGCACAGAUUUGAAACGCAAUCGCAAAACACAUCCACUAAAACAAGUUAUCUGAAGCACUGGUUAUACUGUAUAUACCUUAUACUUCCAGUGCAUACCUGUGCCCCUCUGCCAACUAAAGACAUUUGUUUGCAUUUUUGUCUCAAAUUUGUUGGCAAAAAAGGUGAGCGCAAAAUGGCCUGUUCUGCAGUCACCCUAUCAGUCGCUACCAUCAUAUCGGUAGUGGCCGUCGCCUGUCUGUCCAUCGGAUUCAGUACUGAUAACUGGUAUGAAAUACGAGUCGACAAGAAUAAGACCAAACUCUACAUCGAUUCCCACUCAUUAACUAAUGAAUACGAGAGAGACUAUCGGUAUUAUAGUCGAGAUGAGGGACUUUUCCGCAUAUGUUUCGCCGAAAAGAAACCAAAAGAA